UUAGUUAGACGGAAGCGGAGGUUUGGUUAGCAAUUCGGGUUCGUACUUGUCAAGAAGAAAAUGACGUGCACUUCGGAUUUUAGUGAAUGUGCCUCGUGAUACGGGACGCGUUAAUCAGAGAAAAAAUAAAGUUUAUCAAUUCGUGAUCUUCUUUGAUUUUAAAGGCAAAGGAGAUAUUCUUCGUCUCUUAUUCUCGCGCCUUCGAGUGAACUGUGAAUCGUUUAUGUCGCUCCUUCUUUUUCUCUCUCUCUCUUUCUCUCUCUUUUUCUCUGCCUAUUCUUCUCUCUUUCUCUCUCUUUCCUUUCUUUCUCAUAAUCAAGAUAUAUCUGUCUUUCUCUCUCCUGUUCCUAACUAACCUAAAUACUCGUGAACCCGUAACGUGAUUUUGUCGUGACACGUCGUCAACGAAUACCUGAACUAGUUUAUGGCGAUCAUUUUUUCUCCUCCGUAUCCUAAAAUCCAUUCGAAAAGUGGAAGAAAGUCAAAGAGAAAAUUGAAUCGUUUAAACUGCUUUGUAAUCGAAGACUUCCUUGUCUCGAGGUCGUUCUAACCUGGACCGAAAGCGUCUCGGCGCUCUUGUGAGGUAAUUUAUUUACGUGAAUGAAAGGUAUAAACACCAAGAGGAUACUAUAAGCAGUGUUAAGAUAAAGAAGCAAUCAUGGAGGACGGCCAUGCCAAGACCGUUGAUGAGGUAUUAAAUUAUUUCAAUGUGGAUUCGGAUAAAGGAUUGUCCCUCGACCAAGUGAAAAGGAAUCAGGAGAAGUAUGGUCUCAAUGAAUUGCCAGCCGAGGAGGGUAAAUCCAUCUGGCAACUCGUAUUGGAACAAUUCGACGACCUCCUAGUUAAGAUUCUAUUAUUAGCCGCUAUUAUAUCUUUUGUACUAGCUUUAUUUGAGGAGCACGAGGAUGCGUUCACGGCCUUCGUCGAGCCCUUCGUCAUUUUGCUCAUUCUUAUCGCCAAUGCCGUGGUCGGUGUUUGGCAAGAGCGUAACGCCGAAUCGGCAAUCGAAGCAUUGAAGGAGUAUGAACCCGAAAUGGGUAAGGUCGUUCGGGGUGACAAGGCUGGCGUACAAAGGAUUCGAGCGAAAGAGAUCGUUCCCGGAGACAUCGUUGAGGUGUCCGUCGGUGAUAAGAUUCCAGCUGAUAUUCGUCUUAGCAAAAUUUUCUCGACCACCCUCAGGAUCGAUCAAUCCAUCCUGACUGGUGAAUCUGUAUCUGUUAUCAAGCAUACGGAUCCUGUUCCCGAUCCACGUGCCGUCAAUCAGGACAAGAAAAAUAUUUUAUUCUCUGGUACCAAUGUAGCUGCUGGUAAAGCACGUGGCGUUGUUAUUGGAACCGGUUUAAAUACUGCUAUUGGUAAAAUUCGUACUGAAAUGUCUGAGACUGAGGAAAUAAAGACACCCCUUCAACAAAAACUCGAUGAGUUUGGUGAACAAUUGUCAAAAGUCAUUUCCGUAAUCUGCGUUGCUGUAUGGGCUAUCAACAUCGGUCACUUUAACGAUCCUGCUCACGGUGGAUCAUGGAUCAAGGGUGCCAUUUACUAUUUCAAGAUCGCCGUCGCUCUGGCUGUCGCUGCCAUUCCUGAAGGUUUACCGGCUGUUAUUACGACUUGUUUAGCUUUGGGUACUAGGCGUAUGGCUAAGAAGAAUGCCAUUGUACGUUCCUUGCCUUCUGUCGAAACUCUCGGUUGUACUUCUGUUAUUUGCUCUGACAAGACUGGAACAUUGACUACCAAUCAGAUGUCUGUUAGCCGAAUGUUCAUUUUCGAUAAGAUCGAGGGCAAUGAUAGCUCGUUCCACGAGUUCGAGAUUACAGGAUCGACUUACGAACCCAUCGGUGAAAUCUUCCUUAGAGGACAAAAGAUCAAAGGGCAGGAUUACGAGACACUUCACGAGAUUGGUACAAUCUGUAUCAUGUGUAACGACUCGGCCAUUGACUUUAACGAGUUCAAGCAAGCUUUUGAGAAAGUUGGGGAGGCUACCGAAACCGCAUUGAUUGUUUUGGCAGAAAAGGUCAAUCCUUUUGGUGUAUCGAAGGGUGGACUCGAUCGUCGUAAUGCGGCCAUAGCCGUCAGGCAAGACAUCGAAACGAAAUGGAAGAAGGAAUUCACCUUGGAAUUCUCUCGCGAUCGCAAAUCCAUGUCCUCGUAUUGUGUACCAUUGAAGCCUAGUAAACUUGGAACUGGACCAAAACUUUUUGUUAAGGGUGCACCCGAAGGAGUAUUGGAUAGAUGCACGCAUGCACGCGUUGGUACACAAAAGGUUCCUCUUACUUCGACUUUGAAAAAUCGUAUUUUGGAUCUGACGAGACAAUAUGGAACCGGACGAGAUACCUUGCGUUGUCUUGCUUUGGCUACCGCUGAUCAUCCGAUGAAACCCGAUGACAUGGAUUUAGGCGACUCCACAAAGUUCUAUACUUACGAGAAGGAACUCACGUUCAUUGGUGUAGUUGGUAUGUUGGAUCCACCACGUAAGGAAGUAUUCGACUCCAUUGUUAGGUGUCGUGCUGCUGGUAUCCGUGUUAUCGUUAUCACUGGUGAUAACAAAGCCACCGCGGAAGCCAUUUGCCGACGAAUUGGCGUUUUCACCGAAGAGGAGGACACCACAGGAAAAUCAUACUCUGGACGUGAAUUCGACGAUUUAUCACCAUCCGAACAGAAAGCAGCAUGUUCAAGGGCCAGAUUAUUCUCCCGCGUAGAACCAGCUCACAAAUCGAAGAUCGUUGAGUAUUUGCAAAGCAUGAACGAGAUCUCAGCUAUGACCGGUGAUGGUGUGAACGACGCUCCUGCUUUAAAGAAAGCUGAAAUUGGUAUUGCUAUGGGUUCUGGAACGGCUGUAGCAAAGUCAGCUUCUGAGAUGGUAUUGGCUGAUGACAAUUUCUCAUCUAUCGUUGCUGCCGUUGAAGAAGGUCGUGCCAUUUACAAUAACAUGAAACAAUUCAUUCGUUAUCUCAUCUCUUCUAAUAUCGGUGAAGUCGUAAGUAUAUUCUUGACGGCCGCUCUUGGUCUUCCUGAAGCUUUAAUCCCGGUUCAACUUCUCUGGGUUAACUUGGUCACUGAUGGUCUUCCAGCUACUGCCCUUGGUUUUAAUCCACCCGAUUUGGAUAUCAUGGAUAAGCCUCCCCGCAAAGCCGAUGAAUCUCUUAUUUCUGGUUGGCUAUUUUUCCGAUACUUGGCCAUUGGUGGAUACGUAGGUGCUGCUACUGUAGGAUCGGCCGCGUGGUGGUUCUUGUAUAGUCCGCAUGGACCACAAAUGAAUUAUUAUCAAUUGACUCAUCACUUGGCAUGCAUUGGUGGUGGGGACGAGUUCAAAGGCAUUAACUGCAAGAUCUUUUCCGAUCCUCAUCCAAUGACCAUGGCUCUAUCGGUACUAGUAACCAUUGAAAUGUUGAACGCUAUGAAUAGCUUAUCGGAGAAUCAAUCACUCAUCACGAUGCCGCCUUGGUCCAACAUGUGGCUCAUCGCCUCCAUGGCUCUUUCCUUCACACUCCACUUUGUCAUUCUUUACGUCGACGUCCUUUCGUCCGUAUUCCAAGUGACUCCCUUAACGGGUGAAGAAUGGGUUACCGUUAUGAAGUUUUCCAUUCCAGUGGUACUUCUAGACGAAACCCUGAAGUUCGUUGCCAGAAAGAUCACAGAUGCAUCAAGAGUAUCCGCUUCAGUGAAGAGGUCGAAACUGGAGCUGCCUGAUAAAUUGCUGAGAUUUCAAGAGAGUAAUUUUGCAUGGAGUUCGGAUUGACGGAAACCUUAUUAAUAUCCUCGCACAUUGUCACGUGUCUUCCUUCCUGUUGGGAUAUAAUAGUGCAUGCAAACAAAUUCCUACAGCAUAUCCUAUGGUAUCUCCGAAUUUCCUGGUAAUUAAAAUAAUAAAACGAUUUUAACGAUCCUGCUGUGUCGUCUAUCAGUCAGGAUGAUGAAUAUUUUCAAAAUUUCAUUUGAUUUGCAUCUAUUCUGUAAGAUCUGAAAAUUAAUAUAAUUAAAGGCAUAGCCUUUUAUUCUUUGCUAGUUUAUUUCCCUUUAACAAUGAUGCGUCCUUAAAAAAUUAAUAAUUACCUUUGCCAAUUCGAAUAGAUCUGUAGAUAUGGGAGAUAAUUGUUAAAAAAUGAAAAUGCUUAUUUUGUUUAUAUCGACGCAUCCAUUUAUAGUAAAUUAUAGUAACGUCCAUAGAAAUACCUUUUCGAGUAUACGAAGUAAACGUUUGUUGCACGGUACCUUUUGUAUAUAUACAAAAAAAAAAAAAAAAAAAAAAAAAGAAAACAAAACAAAAUAAAACAAAAAAAGAACGAUUAAAAAGAAAAGAAACUGAAGAGAAUGAGAAAAGAAAGAAAAAGGAAAAAAAAAAGAAAAGAAAGAGUGAUGCGACGGGCACAGCAGGACAAAGUCGUAACAGCUUGCACUUAAUUAUUAAUUAUUAAUUAAUAAUAACUCCGGUCCUCUACAAACGUGUACGUACUUUUGUGUGCAUAAUUUCUAUAUAAUGCAAGAGAGAGAAAGAAAAAAAAAGAAAGUAAGAAAGAAAGAAAGAAAAGAUCACGUCACGCAGCGAUUGUGUAUAUAAUCUACGUGUGCGAUGUGGACCGUCAAGUUGUGUCGUCCGUCGUCAUCAUCAUCAUCAUCGUCGUCGUCGUCGUCGUCGUCGUCAUCGUCGUCGUCGCCGUCGCCGUCGUCGUUUUCGUCGUCGUCACAUCGUACGUGCGUAUGGCUUUGUGUGUAUACAUAUUAACGAUAAAAUAAAAAUUGUUAAAUCGUUUGAGAUCAGCUUGAUUGGUCCAUGUCUCAUCAACGUUUCGAGUCCGGACCGGCGAGCAGAAUCCAAAACGACUCGAUCGUUAACUCGAACCGUUCCUAAUACUUAUGUUCACUAUGUACAAAAGAAGACAAAAAAAAAAAGAAAGAGAGGAAAAAAAAUAUAGUAUUUGAUUAGAUCCAUUCAAAUCGGUCGAGUCGUUUAAGAAGUUUCGAGCUACGGGCCAGAUUACGUACGCCAUAUAUAUGAAUACACAUACAUACAUACAUACAUACAUACACAUACAUACAUACAUUAUUACAUACAUACAUACAUACAUACAUACAUACACAACAUACAUACAUACGCGUUCACAGAGUAUAUAAAGGGGCGAUUAAUUGCGAACGAUCGGUGUUAUUUUCAAGUUCACAUGGGGCUUCAAUGUGCCUCUGACUGUUCUUUAGUCGUUUAAUCCCAAGUUUUAUAUGUAUAUAUAUACACACACACAUAUAUAUACAUAUAUAAAACAUAUAUAUCACACAGAUAGUAAAGUUAAGAAUCUGCUAGAAAGUGCAAGAACACACGGCGAUCCACUUUUCUAUGUACACUUACAAAACGCAACAAGACUGACGGUGUGUGGUUUUAAGAGAAGAGUGGUUCGUUGGCAUUCGUACGAAAUAAAAUGAGAAAAAGGGAAAGGAAGGGAAAAGAAAUAAAAAGAAACAGACAAAAAGAUAAAUAAAACAUAUAAAAGAAAUGGAAAAAAAGGAAUAUAAAAAAAAAAAAAAAUAAAGGAGAAAGAAUACGCGAAUAAUGUGAUCGCGAUAUCCAUAAAGUAAACAUUGAAAUUACGUUUAGCGAUAUUUCCCGGUUUUAAUUAAUUUAACCGCCUCUUAAUCGCGGAUAAAGAACUUACAUAAUGUAAUAUAUUAAUUAUGUUAAUGGUUAAGGCGUGAUACUUUGGUAUGGGCAUAAUUAGACUUAAUUAGAUGAUGGCAGAGAGAGUCGUGAGUGUGUUCAGAACGAGCGUACGCACACGAAGACGAAAAAAAAGGAUAAUAAAGGAAUAGAAAGAGAAAUAGAAAAAGAAAAUGAAACAAAUACAUAUACACACAUAGGACAUACAAAAACAUACGGUUAUACAUAUAGUAAGAUAAUCUAAUUAAGUAAAUGCCAUUGAAUAUUACAUAGGAAAGUUAAUUAAUGUGAUAGAUUAAUCGUCGGCGUCGCGCUUUUUCCGAACGAACCCGAGUAUCUUUCAAAGAUCUUUCAAAGAUUUUUCUAAGAUCUAUCAAAGAUCUUUCUAAGAUCUUUUAGGAUUAUCUUUUGUUCCGUUUCGUUUCGUUUCUCUUUUCUCUCUCUCUCUCUCUCCUGCUUUUGUUUGAUUUUCGAUCGCCAAUUGAAAAUCGUGCUAUCGAUUAGUCGUCUAAUUUCAUUCGUAAAAGAAUUAGUAUAACUAUAAUUUCAUUUUCGUCGAUUCCGAGAUACGUUUGUGUGUAUUUUUUUUUUGAGAGUUGCUCGAAUUUGAUGUGUUUUCGUGUGAAUUGAAAGUAAAAAAGAAAGAAAGAAAAAAAAAAGGAAAAAAAAAGUAGAAAAAAAAGAAAUAUACAAAUAAAAGGAGGGGG